UAUAAAUAGCAAUCUUCUCAACCCGAACUGAGAACUAAUCUCUGAACCAAAAACUAGGAAGCCCACUGUUCCUAACGCUCUUUCGAUUUGAAAAAAAUGGAGGGAUCAGAGAGCAUCGACGAAGCCUAUCGGCCUCUACCUUGUCUAUACUUGGCUUUCACUUCGAUCUGGUUCGUCUCGACCUUCUUUUGGACCUUCAACACCUACAAAAACCGCCAUUUUCAGGCAAAUAAAUUACAGUGGACACUUGCAUUUGUUCCACUAAUUAAAGCUCUGCAACUCACUCUAUCAUUCCUUUUCUGGUAUUCGUGCUUUAAUCUUCAGACAUGCUCUCUGUGGGUGUCAUUUGGUGCAUACAUAACUGGAGUGCUCUUUCAGACAGCUUCUUUUGUGUCCUUCUUGCUCAUAUCUCAUGGUUACUGCAUAAUGUGUGAGCGGCUUUCAGUAUCUGAACGCCGUACAACAGCUGCACUUGGGUGCGCCUUCUACUUGACUCUUGUUGGUUACAGAGCAUCUGUACCUUAUUCCUCAAUCCUCCUGCUCCUUAACUAUUCGGUUUCGUUUUAUCUGAUAUUUCACCAUAUCUAUCGGAAUCUAUUGGUUCUUCGGGAACAACUAACUUUUAUAGAGGGUGAAGAUGUCCAUUUGAUGCAUGAUGCAGUUUAUGCCAAAUACGUUAUGUUCAAGAAGUUUCAAGCUGCGAUGCAGAUCAUAGCAGUGGCAGAAACUGCGAUAUGCAUUGACAUGAGUGGCUCAUUAGAGAACUAUUGGCUCCGACUGUUAGUUCGUGAAUUGGCACAGUUAUGCAUCUUUUUAUACGUAGGAUGGACUUUCAGGUCACAAGACUUGGCACCACACUUCUCUGUCAUGCCCACACUAAAGUCAAAAGGGCAAGCAAUAGUGCCUCCUGUCUACAGUAUUGAAAUGGAUGCAGCGACAUUCAAAGGUUUUAGUAGUAAUGAAUGGCAUAUUGGGGUGCCAACAGCCCCUUCCCAUGGCAGAACCGUUAAGGAUUCCGUUCUAAUAAUUAUUCAGCAUCCUCGUGCCUAUAGGCAGACUUCAGUCAAUGGAGUACCUCACUGAGCUUGGCUGGUGUAGCUAAUUCUUACCCGGAUGCCUAGUCGGGUCCUUUCAUUCGACGGUCCUGGAUGAAGGAAUUUUAAAACGAAGUGGUGCAAGACGCUCACUAAAACUGACAGAUGUUAGGAAGGAUACGCGAAAGUUGGUAUAUAUAGUUCCGAGUUUAGAUAUUUAUUUAGUCUUACUAUAUUUUCUUGCUAUAGAAACGUGAAAGCGAGAUAUGCAACUAUUGUAAAUGUCAAUUCGGCAGUUGGGUUCAAAACUUGCAUCGCGUUAUAUAUCUGGGUAUUGUCCCCUAAUGAAAACUGUAUAUUCAACCCUUU